UUCCUGCCGACGAGGAAGCCGAGCUACUCAUACCGAGAUACAAGAUGCAACUCAUAGCGAGAUGGGCCAUCUAAUUUAGUGCGGCCGGGAUUCCAAUCCCAUCAUUGGAGGGCACAUUAUUAGUGAAAUUUGAGCAAGAUCAGCUUGACUAAAAUCAGACUAGAACCAUCCUAGCCUUUAUUAGCCUGAAUGUUGAAUGGCUCGGCUUACGCCAAGGAUCUCGAACACGGCUCUAGAGCAACUCUCCACCUUCGCUCGCGACGACAUGCCCUCUUCAUAUAUAUUCGCAGCUAGGCGAGCAUGGAAACUACUAGAAAUGUUGCACGUACCCGAAAGCGACGGAGGGAAUUUACGGGCUGUUGGCGCUGUCGUGCGCGGAAGGUCAAAUGUGAUGAGGGGUCCCCUUGUUCAGCAUGCACGCGACUGGGCCUCGAGUGCGAUGGCUCCAGUAUGCGUCUGGUCUGGCUUAACGGCAAUGAGUCCUAUCGGUCCACCGGACGGCGAUACAUGCACUGCGAGCGCACCUGGGCGAACUAUGCUGCUCUCGAUUCUCAUGUAGUUGAUUUCCUGAUCGCGCAAUUGGACGAUGACGAGACAAACGAAGCCUCAGAGCCUCUGAAGAUAGAUCAUAAUCCCUUCUCUGUCUUCCCUGCUGUAACCCCAGUGUCGUUAGUGUCCCAUAUGAACCAGGGCCUCGUUUGCAACAGCACGAAGAUGUCAAGUAGUGGGGAGAAGAUGCUUUUUCACCACUACGUCAACUACGUCGCAUCUAUCAUGAUGCCGUUUGAGCAUCCCUGGAAUCCCUGGAAACGGCACUACCCCGUCGUCUCGCUGCAGUACUCUGAAUCCGGGGAGAAAGCACUGUACCACGCCAUUCUGGCCCAUGCAGCAUUCAAUUUUGCCAAUUUAGGGCACGACAGACAGAAGAUGAUGCAGCUGGCCGCGUCGAACUAUAACGCAUCGAUUCAAUACGUGAAUGACUCUAUCCAAGCAUCUGGCAGAGACUUUGAUAGCACUCUGGCAGCAAUUAUGACUCUGAUGAUGGCAGAGGUCUACAGCGGUAAUUCCAGCAAAUGGAAGAAUCACCUCCAGGGCGCAUGGGCAUUCCUUCUCGGAUCCAAUUGCAAAGAGCCAUGGAACGAAUCCGAAUUCGUCUGCUUUUCAACCCAGAGCUUAUUGAUCGUCAAGAUCAUCGGAGCCACCUGCAUGACAGAUAGCCAAACCCCAACAUUGAUGCUACCCCCAAGCAAUGAAUCCACAUCUAUCACAGUAGCCAGGCAUAUGGAAGCAGGUCGGGCAGUAUCUUCCUCCUCUCUACAUUCAGAUCUAGCAUUCGCCGCCUUGAUCUCCUCAACUCCUCAGUUUGGAUUCACGAUCGGCGCCCAGCGACUUAUUUUGGAGUGUAUUUCCACCAUCACGACCGUCAGCCAACAGAUGCGAUCAGACGCCUCCCCCAGAGCACACAUUACGGCUGACCGGACUGUCUCCCAGGUGUUAGCCUGUCUGGAUUUCCUCCAGGCAGGGAUCCUCGAUAGCUCUGGUGGGCUGGAACCGAGUUCCGAAGUCAAUGCACCGGCUCCUAAAGUGAAAUUCGAGGAAUUAGCACGAUACCAGCUCAACGCCUUCAUCUACGCAACGUAUAUUUAUCUCUACCGAGCGCUAUUGGAUGUGCCGCCCAAGCGCGUCGCAGCGUACGUGUCCCUGAUAUUCGAUAACAUUACCGCCUUUUCCGCGCAGAGCAGUGGGAACUUCUCCCUGUGGCCGGCGUUUAUCGCGGCGGUCGAGGCCUACACGGUGCGGGAUCUGGAGUCAUCGUGCCGGUGGCUGGAGCAAUCGACACAUUUUGGACUCGGCAACCGACUCGCAGUCAGGUCGAUCGUCGAGGAGGUGUGGCAGAGACGCGAUGCCUUGUGUGUAGAAAGCGGGAUAGAUCCAGGGCUGGCGGCGGUGGAUUGGAGAGAUGUGGCUAGAGACCUCGGGGUAGAUGUUCUGUUGGUUUGA